AUGUGCCCUAAUAUGCAGCUGAAUCACUUUCCAGACAAUGUGCAGUUAAGAGGAAUUGCAGCUCAGUCGUCUAUAUUUGAAUACUAUCGGGCUGAUCGUGCCAUUGAUGGAGUAAAAUACGCCCCGGGUGCAGCCUCAUUUUGUAUCUGUACAAAUUGGGAGGUAAAUCCGUGGUGGAGGCUGGAUCUGCUGGAUAAUUACUAUAUUAGCGCCGUGACCAUCACAAACAGAGCCAACUGCUGUUCAGAAGGAAUCAACGGAGCAGAGAUUCGCAUCGGAAACUCUCUGGAAAACAACGGCAACAACAAUCCCAUAUGUACUGUGGUUACUAGUAUUCCUGCCGGAGCUUCCUACAGCUACUCGUGUCCCGAUAUGGAGGGACGUUACGUGAACUUGUUUAUUCCUCGAGAAGUGGGGUUUCUUACACUGUGGGAGGUGGAGGUCUAUGGGAGUUUGCCAGAGAAUAUUGCAAUCAACGGCAAGGCUGUGCAGUCAUCUACACUCCGCUACGAGGCUAAUACAGCCACUGACGAUAACAAUUUGUACUGCACCCACACCGAAACCGAGACAAACCCAUGGUGGAGGCUGGAUCUGAUGGAUCUACAAAUCAUUAGAGAAGUGACCAUCACUAACAGGAUUGACUGCUGUGUUGAACAAAUGAACGGAGCCGAAAUUCGCAUCGGAAACUCCUUGGAGAAUAACAGCAAUGGCAAUCUCAUAUGUGCAGAAAUUUCUGGUAUUCCUGCAGGUCAAUCCGUGUCAUACUCAUGUGGUGGAAUGCAAGGUCGUUACGUGAACGUGGUCAUUCCUGGAGAUUCAAAGAAUCUCACUCUGUGUGAAGUGAGAGUCUAUGGAAAUGAUAGGGUGAAAUUAAGUGGUAAUGCGGCUCAGUCGUCUGUAUUUGAAUAUUAUCGGGCUGAUCGUGCCAUUGAUGGAAUAAAACACGCUCCGGGUGCAGCCUCAUUUUGUACCCAUUCAAUGAUGGAGAAAAAUCCGUGGUGGAGGCUGGAUCUGCUGGAUAAUUACUAUAUUAGCACCGUGACCAUCACAAACAGAGCUGACUGCUGUUCAGAACGAAUCAACGGAGCAGAGAUUCGCAUCGGAAACUCUCUGGAAAACAACGGCAACAACAAUCCCAUAUGUGCUGUGAUUACUAGUAUUCCCGCAGGAGCUUCCUACAGCUACUCGUGUCCCGAUAUGGAGGGGCGUUACGUGAACGUGGUUAUUCCUCGAGAAACAGGGAUUCUUACACUGUGUGAGGUGGAAGUCUAUGGGAGUUUGCCAGGCAAUCUGGCAAUAGGAAGAAAUGCUAUACAAUCAUCCACACAUCUCGGCUGGGAGGCCGGAAAAGCUAUAGAUGGUAUCAAAAACAACUGGGCACAGUGUUCCUCAACCGGUUACGCGACUAACCCGUUUUGGAGGCUGGAUCUGGUGAACAUCUACAGAGUUCACAGGGUGGUCGUCACUAACCGAAUAGACUGCUGUCCAGAGCACAUCAACGGAGCGGUGAUUCGUGUUGGAAACUCCUUGGAGAAUAAUGGCAGCAAUAACUCCAUAUGUGCGGUCAUUUCCAGUAUUCCAGCUGGUGUGUCCUACACAUAUUUAUGCGAUUGGAUGGUGGGUCGUUACGUGAGCUUGGUAAUCCCUGGAAAUAUGAAGGUCCUUACUUUGUGUGAGGUAGAGGUCUACGGGACAGAGUUCAUGUUAAGCAGAACAUUCAUAAAGGUAAAGCUUCACUCCAGUGCCGAUCUGACUGACCCUGCGACAAGAGACAAACUGCUGCAAGAGGUAAGAGAGAGUUGUUUUUUUCCCCUCACACUAUGUCUCUAAAUUACGUUACAGAAAUGCGGCAUUAUAUAAGGAAUAUUUCACAGUCACUGUAAAACUAUUGAUGCAAUGACCUUGAACAAAACCUAUUUAUUUCUUUUUGUGUCUCAAAAUACAUGUGAUAACUUUUACUCAAAGAAUAAGGGUUUUUUUUGUUUUUUUUAUUGACAAAUAUAAAUUGUGUCUGAAUAAAUUUAUGAAUUGCUUGACUAAUCUGUGCUGAAUAAGUUGUUCUAGAAACGUUAUUU